AUGGCCGAAGACCCUCUGACUAUCACAGCCGAUGAGUUCACUACAAAGGUAGCCGCCUACCUGGCUGGCGGUACUGCAGAUGAGAGGGAUCGAGCCUGGGAGAGAGUGGGGAUGAGAGCUUUGUCAAAGAGUAGGCGGGUACCCGUGCAGUCAUUCAUGCAUGGUGCAAUAUUGCCCUCGGUGGUGGGUGUCGACUGUAGAGAGCUGUCUGCAUGCAAUGCAGAUGAGGGAGAGGCGCAUACUGAGGUUGCAGAUCACUCUAGCACUCGUGAAGACACAGAAGAGUCUGUUAUGGUGGCUCAGCUCGCCGGCAUCCUUCAGGCCACAGGACCGUUGAAUUUAUUCCGCUUCAUUAUCCAUCCAUUGGACUUUGGCCAAUCUGUGGAGAACCUAUAUUAUCUGUCUUUCCUAAUUUGCGAUGGGAUGUGUGGUUUACAUAUGGCCGACAACGGCAAGCCAAUACUGACUCCGAGACAGCCUUCUGAGCAUGCAUCCAUGCUGGACACGCAGGUGAAUCGGCAGACGGUGAUGGAAUUUGACAUGGCUACAUGGAAGCGUGCAAUAGAAGUCUUCGACAUCCAAGAAUCCAUUAUCCUGUGCAGGUCCCCUGGCAGGGUCUGA